UGCACAGCUAGGAUUUUCUUGCUCACAAAAAAUAAUGUCCUACUUGCUGAUCAGAAAUCGGGGCAAAUCAAGACAGAGGUUCCUUUGGGAGAUGUCACUAAAGUAUCCAUGAGCUCUCAAAGUGAUGGUUUCUUUGCUGUGCAUCUCAAAGAGGGCUCUGGAGCAGCUGGAAAGGGUGAUUUCCUGUUCAGCAGUGAUCAUCUGAUUGAAAUGGCCACAAAGCUCUACCGCACGAUGCUUAGCCAAACCAAGCAGAAGCUCAGCAUUGAAAUAUCUGAUGA